CACAUGCUUAGAUUAUUGUUUAUAUUUACUUUGUAAAAAUGGGAAGCUUGGAAAAUCCACUUAUUCAGUGUAACACAAUUCGUGAUUUACUAAACAGACUGAACAGAAUCUACAAUGAACUAAUCGAUCAUGAAAAUACUCUGCCAAAAUGUGAAAUUUGUUGGCUAAACCAUGCAGAAUUCAGUUCCCUGAAAGCACAAUUAAUCCUCAUUGUGCAGGACAAUGCCACCGGAAAAGAGGAAGAACACCCUGCAUUUGAGUAUGUCCAGUUAGAAAGUGGUCCUGAAAUUCAACCAUUCUCAUCGGUUAUUAUGAAAGAGGAACCUGAGUUUGUCCUUCUGAACAAUCAAUGCUGCCCUAGUGACAUAGAAUCAGAUGAUUUAAUAGAAGGCACUAUGGAAAAAUCGGACUUACUAGAGGAAACAGAUGUUCUAAGUGAUAUCAAAAGGAAAAAAGAGAAGACGACAUGCAGAUUCUGCUUCAAAAACUUCUAUAAUGAAGGGAGCCUAAAGGAGCAUAUGACCAAUCAUGCAAAAAGAGGACUAUUUAAUUGUUGUACAUGUGGAACUUCAUUUGAAUCUUUGGACGAAUUUACAACUCACCAAGAGAACCACAAAAAGAAUAAAGAUUUGGGAUUGGGUAGCUCGGCUAUGAGUGCGAUAAAAGUAAAGCCAAGAGCUCAGAGCAAAAUCCAAAAAUCUCAAUUUGAUUGUGUCUUUUGUGACAUGGAAUUCUCUAAAAAACGACAAAUAGUAAGUCACUUACGUGUGCACAUAAAACCGGAAAAUGCUAAUCUAAGAAAGGAACCCUUGAAAGAUAGAACUUGCAAUAUCUGCAACAGAAGUUUUAAUACUUCUAGGGGAUUAAAGAAGCAUCUUGCGAUUAAGGGAAAGAAAGGAGAAUGUCCUAACAAUAUUAAAAAAUCGAUGUAUUCAUGCAAAUUUUGCAAUAAAUCCUACCACAAUUCAUUUACACUGGAUAAACAUUUGGAAUAUCGCGAAGCUGCAAAUAUAAAUUGUGAUACAUGCAAUGAAAAAUUCUGUUUGCAUUCAGAUCUGCAGAACCAUCAGAAAACCGUGCACAAUAUGAACAUUUCUCUGAAAUGCCAGUUCUGUAAAGAACAAUUCUUAAACUAUCGACUUAUCUACAGACACCAUAGGAAGAACCAUCCACAGGAAUCUAUGCCUCGCAGUCCACAUCUUUGUGAAUCAUGUGGUUUAUCAAUGAUGAAUGCAUCAGAUCUUAGUCUCCAUGUAAUAAAAUAUCACAAUUCCAGUAAACUUACAUGUAAAGUUUGCAAUAAAGGAUUCGCUAAAGAGGCAGAGUUGGAAGAGCAUAGACGGAUUCAUAUACCGAUAUCUCAGCUUCAGGAUCUCUAUGAAUGCGAUUUGUGUCCUAAGAAAUUUCGAAUGAAGCUGACAUUUUUGAAGCACAAGCGUCUUCAUACCACAAAUAAAAUUACUGAGAUGUUCUGUGAAGUUUGUGGAAAACGCUUCAUUAAUAUUGAAAAACUCCAGAAACACCAAGAAAAACAUGCCGAAGAGGGUACAAGGGAUUUCAAAUGCGAUAUAUGUGGACAUCAAUUUAAAAAGUUAAAAUAUUUAAACCAACAUCGAAAAAUGUAUCACAAUAUAUACACCCAAAUGAUGCUGAAUCCAAAGCCCAGGAAAAAGUAAAAUUUCGCAACAGCAAUUCCUUUUACAGUAAGUCUUAUAUUAGAUUUAUUAUACAAAAAAAAAAGAAAUAAAUGCAGAAGAUUAUUGAAAACUA